AUGGAGAUCGGCGGCGGCGGCGGCGGCGUUGCCCCCGUCGGGGCGGCGGGUGAGACCCCACAGUGCGUGCCGCCGGCUUGGGGCGAGGGUGCCGUGGGGCUGGCGGCGCCCGACGGGGCGGCGGACGGUGCUGCGGCGGGUAGUGGCGGCGAGGGCGGGCCGCGGCGGGCUCUGCGGGCAGUAUACGUGCGCAGUGAGGGCGCCCAGGAUGGCGCGGCCGCCAGCCCCGAAGUUGGGGCGCACCAGUGCCUGCUGCAAGCCUGCGAGGCUGAGGGCGCGCGCCUCACCUUCGUGCCCUUCGGAGGACUCGACUUUGGGGAGACCGCCUUGCUCGACGCCUUCUACGACGCAGAUGUAGCCUUCGUGGACAUGAGUGAUGUCACCAGACAGCCUUCCCUCUUCUAUCACCUUGGAGUCCGCGAAAGCUUUGACAUGGCCAAUAACGUGAUCCUGUACCAUGACACUGACGCCGAUACUGCUCUGUCGUUGAAGGACAUGGUAGCUCAAAAAAACACAGCAUCUAGUGGAAAUUACUACUUCAUCCCGUACAUCGUUACACCAUGCGCUGAGUACUAUUGCUGUGAGAGUGACGCCCAGCGGCGAGCUUCAGAGUUCAUGGCUCCGAACUGGGACGCCAUCCUGGGCCCACUGUGCGUGCCCCUGGUGGACAAGUUCAUUGGCCUCCUCCAGGACAUCCAUGUGACCUCAUGUACAUAUUAUAAAGAGGCCUUGUUAAAUGACAUCCGGAAAGCCAGAGAGAAGUAUCAGGGUGAGGAGCUGGCGAAGGAGCUGACUCGGAUCAAGCUCCGCAUGGAUAACGCCGAGGUGCUGACCUCCGACAUCAUCAUGAAUCUCCUCCUGUCCUACCGUGACAUCCAGGACUAUGAUGCAAUGGUGAAGCUGGUGGAAACACUGGAGAUGCUGCCUACAUGUGAUCUAGCUGAUCAGCACAAUAUUCAAUUCCACUAUGCAUUUGCACUGAACAGGAGAAAUGACCCAGGGGACCGGGAGAGGGCUCUUCAGGUGAUGCUGCAGGUUCUACAGAGCUGUGACUGCCCAGGUCCUGACAUGUUCUGCUUGUGUGGGAGGAUCUACAAGGACAUCUUCCUGGACUCUGACUGCAGGGAUAUCAACAGCCGAGACUGCGCCAUUGAGUGGUAUCGCAAAGGAUUUGAACUCCAGUCAUCUCUUUAUUCUGGAAUUAACCUUGCAGUUUUGCUGUUGGUUGCUGGUCAAAAAUUUGAAACUUCCACGGAACUACGGAAAAUAGGUGCCAGGCUGAACAGUUUGUUGGGAAGAAAAGGGAGUUUGGAGAAAAUGAGCAAUUACUGGGAUGUGGGUCAGUUCUUCACUGUCAGCAUGUUGGCCACUGAUGUCAGCAAGGCCAUCCAGGCAGCUGAGCGGUUGUUCCGAUUGAAGCCUCCAGUCUGGUACCUGCGAUCAUUGGUUCAGAACUUGUUCCUCAUUCAGCGCUUCCGGAAACCCAUUAUCCAACAUUCACCCCAGUCUGAGCGGCUUAACUUCUGGUUAGAGAUCAUUUUUCAGGCAACAAACGACGUUUCUGUUGGACUCAGAUUUCCAGUUCUGGUGAUUGAGCCAACCAAAAUCUACCAGCCCUCGUAUGUUUCCAUCAACAGUGAAGCUGAGGAGAGAACGGUUUCUCUGUGGCACGUCUCACCCACGGAGAUGAAACAGAUCCACGAAUGGCAUUUUACAGCCUCUUCCAUUAAGGGAAUAAGCCUAUCCAAGUUUGAUGAACGCUGUUGUUUUCUUUACGUCUAUGACAAUUCUGAUGACUUUCAAAUCUACUUCUCCACUGAAGAGCAGUGUGGCAGGUUCUGCUCUUUGGUCAAAGAGAUGCUAACCAGUGCUCUAGGCAGCACGGUGGAGCUGGAGAGAGAAGUUGAUGGAGAUACCUUAGAGUACGAGUAUGAGCUUGAUGUGAACGGUGAGAAAGUCAUCCUGGGGAAAGGCACGUACGGGGUUGUGUACGCCGGCCGAGAUCUGAGCAAUCAAGUAGGAAUAGCCAUCAAGGAGAUCCCGGAGAGAGACUGCAGGUACUCGCAGCCUCUGCACGAGGAGAUCGCCCUGCACAGAUACCUCAAGCACCGCAAUAUCGUGCAGUACCUGGGGUCUGUGUCGGAAGGCGGCUACAUUAAGAUAUUCAUGGAGCAGGUGCCUGGAGGAAGCCUUUCUGCUCUUCUGAGGUCUAAGUGGGGGCCAAUGAAGGAGCCCACUAUCAAGUUCUACACCAAGCAGAUCCUGGAAGGCCUGAAGUAUCUGCACGAAAACCAGAUAGUGCACAGAGACAUAAAGGGCGAUAACGUUCUGGUGAACACAUACAGUGGAGUGGUGAAGAUAACUGAUUUUGGAACCUCGAAACGUCUUGCAGGAGUGAAUCCGUGCACAGAGACGUUUGCAGGCACUCUGCAGUACAUGGCACCCGAGAUUAUUGACCAGGGGCUUCGUGGGUAUGGCGCCCCAGCUGAUAUCUGGUCCCUGGGCUGCACCAUCAUUGAGAUGGCCACCAGCCGGCCUCCGUUCCACGAGCUCGGCGAGCCGCAGGCAGCAAUGUUCAAAGUGGGGAUGUUUAAGAUCCACCCCGAGAUUCCAGAAGGGCUCUCGGUAGAAGCCAGGAGCUUCAUCUUGUCCUGUUUUGAGCCCGACCCCCGCAAGCGGAUCACGGCCGCUGACCUGCUCCAGGAGGGCUUCCUGCAUCAGGGCAAGAGGAGCCGCAGGGCCUGCAGGGCCUCAGGUGAGGCCCCGGCCGCGGGCGCCCGGACCCAUCCCUCCUGGGGCACCUCCGUCCUGGCCCUGCCCUGCCCCGGGGAGCCGGUGGGCAGCAGCAGCAGCAGCAGCGAGCACAGCUCCGUGUCGCCUGACUCCAACGCCGAGUCCAACGCGUUCUUUGAGAAGCCCAAGGUGCCCAAGCAGCAGCUGGGCCGCCUGCUCAGUGUUCCAGACGAGAGCGCCGCCUCGUCCCCCGAGGACAGGGACCCAGGCUGCUUCCUGCUGCGUGAGGACAGCGAGCGCCGAGCCAUUCUGUACAAAAUUCUUUGGGAGGAGCAGAACCAGGUGGCUUCCAACCUGCAGGAGUGCGUGGCCCAGAGUUCAGAGCAGCUGCACCUCUCCGUUGGCCACAUCAAGCAAAUCAUCGCGAUCCUGAGGGACUUUAUCCACUCGCCUGAACACAGGGUGAUGGCGUCCACGAUUUCCAAGCUAAAGGUGGACCUGGACUUCGACAGCUCAUCCAUCAGUCAGAUUCACCUGGUGCUGUUCGGAUUCCAGGACGCAGUAAAUAAAAUUUUGAGGAACCACUUAAUUCGGCCCCACUGGAUGUUUGCGAUGGAUAACAUCGUUCGCCGGGCCGUGCAGGCCGCAGUCACCAUUCUCAUCCCGGAGCUCCGAGCCCACUUUGAGCCAGCCUCCGAGACAGGACUAGACAAGGACAUGGAUGGGAUGGAAGGCGCCUGCCCCCCCGCAUGUCCUGACGUGAACGGUGCAGCUGGAGGGGGCAGACACGGCUCGGCGCCUGCCCAGGACACCCAGGUCCACCAGCGCCUGAACCUCCAGCUGGACACGCUCAGGCAGGAGACCAACAGACUUUUGGAACACUUAGUUCAGAAAGAGAAAGAGUACCAGAAUUUUCUACGGCAGACUCUUCAACAGAAAACUCAAGAGCUGUAUCACCUUCAGUUACAAUUCAAGUCUACAGGGAAUGGCGAGCGCCCCGGGCCCUCCCCAGGGCAGAGCGCGGAUCAGGAGCUCCUGGGCUGGCUGCACCUGCAGGACGCAGAUGCCAUCGCCAAGAUUGUGGAAGAGGGCUAUAUGCUUUCCGACGUGCCGCAAGAUGUCACCAAGGAGGAUCUCAGCUAUCUGCGCCUACGCGGCGGGCUGCUCUGCAGGCUCUGGAACGCCGUCUCCCAGUACAGAAGACGGCCUCAGCAGUCCUCGGCGGCCAGCAAGUAG